AAUUAAAUUUAUUUUAAUAUUUUAUUUUAAACGCAGUUUUAAUUACCUUUUGUUCUUUCUCUCAUUCACAUUGAAAACACAGACAUCGGAGGAGAGAAAAGGGCAAAAACUAAAAACAAAAUAGGAAGAUCCGAAAUUUUCCUCUGAAAAAUCUCUCAGUCUGGGCAAAAGGAAAGAAGAGAAAAAAGGAAGAAAAAUUCAAAUCUUUAUUUUUACCAUAGAUUUUUGCAUUGGAUCUGUUCCGAUGAGAAGAAAUCUUUCUGUGGAAAAUUAGAAUUGAAAACUGUUAGAUAUUUUUUCUUUCCUCUCUACCUCUGUUCUUCAUCAGCAUUUUUUCACCCAUAAAAAAGGGGAUAUAAAUCUGUUUCUUUAGGUGAUCAUAACACUUUGUCUGUGAUUUUCCCCAUUUCUCUUGUUUGUUGUUGAUCAUAGUGAUCAUCGUCUUCAUUGUCACAAUUUGGGACUGUCUUUUUCUUACAUGCGACCCAUGUCAGACACUCAGCAUGUUCAGAGCUCUAUUGGGUCGAUUCGAUCUCCCGACAAAAUCGAAGAUGCCUUUAAGAGGAUGAAAGUAAAUGAAGACGGAGUGGCGAAACCGAAUCCGUAUCCGGAUCGUCCCGGUGAACGAGAUUGCCAGUUCUAUCUAAGGACUGGCCUUUGCGGCUAUGGAAGCAGUUGCCGCUACAAUCACCCCACUCAUCUUCCACAGGGUGUUAUGUAUUACAACGAGGAGCUCCCGGAGAGAAUCGGGCAGCCUGAUUGCGAGUAUUUUCUCAAGACAGGAGCUUGUAAGUACGGAUCAACUUGUAAAUACCAUCACCCAAAGGAUAGGAAUGGUGCAGAACCUGUGUUGUUCAAUGUUCUCAGUUUGCCUAUGCGUCAGGGUGAGAAGCCAUGUCCAUAUUACCUGCGAACGGGAACGUGCAGAUUCGGAGUUGCCUGCAAAUUCCACCAUCCUCAACCUGAUAAUGGACAUUCUUCUGCAUAUGGAAUGUCUAGCUUUCCUUCUCCAGCUGUUCAUUAUGCUGGUGGGUUAACUAUGAAUAUGAUGUCUACAUAUGGAACUUUGCCUCGUCCGCAACUUCCUCAGUCCUAUGUUCCCGUCAUGGUUUCACCCUCUCAAGGCCUUCUGCCUCCUCAAAGCUGGGCCACUUACAUGGCUCCAACUAACUCCAUGUAUAAUGUGAAGAAUCAACCUUAUUACUCUGGAUCAAGUGCACCAAUGCCCAUGGCUGUGACAUUGAAUGGUGGUUUGCCUGAAAGAUCCGAGCAACCACAAUGUCGGUUUUUUAUGAACACCGGCACGUGUAAAUAUGGAGACGAUUGCAAAUACAGCCAUCCCGGAGCAAGAAUCAUUUCACCACCACCACCACCAAAUCUCAUAAACCCUUUUGUUCUCCCAGCGAGACCUGGACAACCAGCUUGCGGUAGCUUCAAGUCUUAUGGAUUCUGCAAGUUUGGACCAAACUGCAGAUUCGACCACUCAGUGCUGACAUACCCGGGCUUGACCAUGCCUGCGUCUCUGCCUACUCCUUAUGCUCCACCUGUUUCAUCAAAUCAUCAGAGGAUCUCACCGUCGCCGAGCCGUUCUGGUUCAAAGGCUAACGAUAAACCUGAUGCGAAGAAGGAAAUUUCAGUUUCUGAGAAACCAGACGAUGAUACUGAACAACUGAAUGACUCUCAAAAGCAGGAUUUUUCUGAGAAUUCGACAUCACCGUGAUCAUGAAUCAUGAUCACAACAUCGAGAAUCAUCAGCAAUAUGGCUGAAUCUCCCCCGCUCAGGCUUCUAAAGAUCUCAGUGAUCUCUCUCUGCCCUUUUUUGUUAAUUUUUGUGGAAGAAGAGGGGAGGUGAAAGUGUUUCUCUUUUAUUCCUUUUUUUGUUUGGCUUUUCUUUUGGAGAUGGCCAUGGCUGAAAACAAUUUACAAUAGGACGAAACCAGUGAUGUCACAGAUGUUCUCUUCUGUUUUUGACUCUGUUAAUAAAUAUUACAUUGAUAAACAAUAGAAUUUGUGACAUUCCUCCUA